AAGAAGAAAAACCGUGAACAUUUAAAAAAUCUCAGAAAACAAAGAAGAAUUGAAGCCCAAAUUGCUAGAGAUAAUCAAGCAAAAUAUGCAGGUUUACCUUGGCACAUACUGGAAAUAAAUAAAAAUUUUAAACAAGAUAUUGAGAAAUAUGCAAACUGGCCACAACUAAUCGAUACAGAACUACCAGAUUAA